CCAUUAACUGUCACCGUGGUCUAGCUAAUCUAGACCUACUUUUCCGUAAUUGCGACCGUGACGUUGUCACCUGGCUUGAUGACUGUAUGCGCUAUUUAGAUGAAAGAAAGCUACAAAGUUAAAUACAUUGGUCCGACUUCUUCAGGAUGCAUUCUUUUCUAGUUGGCAUCUAGGAAAAUGUCGUCACCAAAUUCUCCAGGGUCAGGAUGGAUGCUCACUGAUGGCAUCUAAUGGACUUCACUUCACGUCUUCGCCUCGUAGCUGCUGAGCGGGUUCACCAGUAUGUUACGUCAUCUUGCAUUAAAUAGUUGCCUGCGUCAAUGAACUUAAAACAAACAAGCAAAAAAAUUGAAAAAAAAAAGUAUUUGAAAUUAUCAGAGUGCGACGUCGUCAACUUUUAAUCGAGCUUAAAUGGAUUAAAACUUCAAAGUCAUGACUGUUCUACUGUGGUAAGAUACUUGGCCUGACUUCCAGCUGCAUUUCCCCUGAUAGCAAUUUAUCGUCUUAUCGAUUAAAAAAUAAUAACUAAAUUGCUAUGCAGGUUUCUAGAUACCAAUCUCCAAACAAACAAACAAAUUGUAAAAACAGCACUAAUAAUGACGCAAAUGAUGCACAUAACAAAUACCUAUACAUUGCUACAAAGUAAAGUUCCAUCUAUUUAUAAGCUAUGAAGCAUAGUUUAUAUAUAUAUUAGCCACUUAGCAGAGUUCACCAAUUUAUAAGCUUUGCAGCUACCAAAAGAUUUCAACACUCCAAACUCUUGUAAUGAAAAGAUGACAGACUCCUGUGCUCCUACUCUACUAGAUAGGCUGCUCAACUUUACAUUGGCGUAUCUCUGGGUGGGGCCACUGGUGACAGUGUACUGGUACAACUCCUGGAGCCUACCUGAUAAUUAUCUCUUCCCCUCCCACCCUGUGACAUCAUCUUGGAUCUCUGGGGCCAUUGGCUACACCAUUUUCUUCCUGGGAUACCUUCUGCAGGACCCGAUGUCGGCGUUCACAGUCCGACAGAACAAACUGGUCCAGGGCGUCAUCCUCGAGGUGUACACCUAUGUCAUGUGUUGGGGCAACGUCAACCAGUGGCGUUGUGUCUGGGUGCUGUUGGACGAGUACACGGGAGUGUUCUUGCUCAACGCCGCCCUAACGACCGUCUUCGCCUCACUUCUGCUGCUGCUCUUGCGUGCUCACCGCACCAUUGCGUCAACGCCAUCGACAGUCCGAAUGGACAUUCCAGUCAAAGACCAUUUUAAAAUGAAUACUCUGUUUGACAUUUCGGGAGGUUACUGGUUUAAAGCGGCAGACGCCAUCUUUACCGCCAUUUUCGUGGAUUCCGUGGGUAUAGCUGUAUGGCGAGGAGUCUGGGAAGUGAUGGACCUGGCUUUGACGCCUGACGACAAAACUAUGAGCGGCGUUUGGAGCCUGGUGAUCAGUUAUAGCCUCGCCAUUUUAUUAUGUUUAACACAGGACUUAGUGAAGAAGAUCUCAAUUCGCCUAGAAACUAGACACUGGCUUGUUGCUUUGGCUUUUGAAGAUUGUGUAACACUGCUUCACUCCACUGUGACAGUCUGUCACUGGCGAGGAUUCUGGACCUUGAUGAGCAUUUAUCUCCCUUUUAAGCCACUUAGCCACUGGGUGUGUCAUAUAGGAAGUUUUACACUGCUUGCUGUAGGCAUGGCGGCUACUUCAAUACCAGUGCUUGGAUUAAUGAGAGACGGGAGGUUGCAAAAGGGUGAAGGCGUCGUCUUUGACAAUUUCUAUUUUACACACAUGAAAAAGUUGCUGGCCAUGAUCAAAUCACCCAGAUUGAUGUCUCUUCAGAAAUCCACAAAGACAUGAUAAAAGCAUUGUAAAAGCUAGUGACAAUCCACAGAUGUAUUCUUACGUGGCUUGAAUGUUAUUAAUGUCAAGAAAGCGAAUUAAAUAAAAACUAUACAUUUUAUUUACAAGCUUAUGUUAGACCUAGAAAAUAUUUUUUGUUUAAUUGCCUAUUCUUUAGUAUGGAAGAAUACUUUAAUAUAGGGACUCAAACGUUAUGAGUAGCUGAUAGUUUUUAAUUAUGCUUAUAAAAGGAAUGGGAAUGACAGAGAGAGAGAGUAUGUGAGCUAUUAAAAAUGGUGUUCAGGUGUAUUGUUUUGUAAUAAAUAAUCGUUUUAUAGCUUUUCAGGUACUGCUAGUUAGAAUGCUAUGUAAUAUUAUAAUGCAGUUUGUAAUAAUUAUAAUUCAUUGUGUUAUAUAUUUGUAUUUAUAUUUAUUUGUAAAAAAUUCAGUUACUCUGUAAUAUAAGUCAUCAUUUUAGGUCUUUCUGUGUAGCAAAUAUAUUGCACUAUUAUUUCAUUCCUAGCAGUAGAUUACGUAAUUUAUUGAAUGAUAUUAAAGAGCUUCCAUAUUAAUG